UUUAACAAAAAAGUAAAUUUUGAAAAAUACAUAAGAGUACAUAAGAAAGAUUAAUGAUACCACUGUUGAAUAACUAAAAUAUUUUAAAAUGAAAUACCUUCUCUUGAAAAUUAUGAAACAUAAAGGAAAUAAACCAUAUCAGUGUUCAGAAUGUCUGAAAUGUUUUAGUAUAAAAAGCCAUCUUGUAACACAUAUGCGAGUACAUACAGGAGAAAAACCAUUUCGGUGUUCAGAGUGUUUGAAAUGUUUUAGUGUAAAAAGCCAUCUUGUAACACACAUGCGAGUACAUACAGGAGAAAAACCAUUUCAGUGUUCAGAGUGUCUGAAAUGUUUUAGUGUAAAAAGCCAUCUUGUAACACAUAUGCGAGUACAUACAGGAGAAAAACCAUUUCAGUGUUCAGAGUGUCUGAAAUGUUUUAGUGUAAAAGGCAGUCUUGUGAGACAUUUACAAGUACACUCAGGAGAGAAACCAUUUCAAUGUUCAGAGUGUCUGAAAUGUUUUAGUGUAAAAAGCCAUCUUAUAACACAUAUGCGAGUACAUACAGGAGAAAAACCAUUUCAGUGUUCAGAGUGUCUGAAAUGUUUUACUGAAAAAGGUAGUCUUAUGAAACAUAAACGAGUACAUUCAGGAGAUAAACCAUUUCAAUGUUCAGAGUGUCUGAAAUGUUUUACUGAAAAAGGUAGUCUUAUGAAACAUAAACGAGUACAUUCAGGAGAUAAACCAUUUCAAUGUUCAGAGUGUCUGAAAUGUUUUAGUCAAAAGGGCAAUCUUUUGACUCAUAUGCAAAUACAUACAGGAGAUAAACCAUUUCAGUGUUCAGAGUGUCUGAAAUGUUUUAGUCAAAAGGGCAGUCUCUUGAAUCAUAUGCAAAUACAUACAGGAGAUAAACCAUUUCAAUGUACACAGUGUCUGAAAUGUUUUACUGUAAAAGGCAGUCUUGUGACACAUAUGCGAAUACAUGCAGGAGAUAAACCAUUUCAAUGUGCAGAGUGUCUGAAACGUUUUACUUUAAAAGGCAGUCUUGUGAGACAUAUGCGAAAACAUACAGGAGAUAAAUCAUUUCAGUGUUCAGAGUGUCUGAAAUGUUUUAUUGUAAAGAGCCAUCUUGUGUCACAUAUGCGAAUACAUACAGGAGAAAAACCAUUUCAAUGUUCAGAGUGUCUGAAAUGUUUUAUUGUAAAGAGCCAACUUGUGUCACAUAUGCGAAUACACACAGGAGAAAAACCAUUUAAGUGUUCAGAGUGUCUGAAAUGUUUUAGUGUAAAAGGCAGUCUUGUGAGACAUUUACAAGUACACUCAGGAGAGAAACCAUUUCAAUGUUCAGAGUGUAUGAAAUGUUUUAGCUUAAAAAGCAGUCUUGUUCAGCAUAUGCAUGUACACACAGGAGAAAAACCAUUUCAGUGUUCAGAGUGUCUGAAAUGUUUUACUGAAAAAGAUAGUCUUAUGAAACAUAAACGAGUGCAUUCAGGAGAUAAAUCAUUUCAAUGUUCAGUGUGUCUGAAAUGUUUUAGUCAAAAGGGCAAUCUUUUGAAUCAUGUGCAAAUACAUACAGGAGAUAAACCAUUUCAGUGUGCAGAGUGUCUGAAAUGUUUCAGUCAAAAAUUCAGUCUUGUGAAACAUAUGGUAAUACAUACAGGAGAUAAAAAAUUUCAGUGUUCAGAGUGUCUGAAGUGUUUUAAUAGAAAAGGUAAUCUUAUGUCACAUAUGCAAAAACAUACAGGACAUAAACCAUUUCAGUGUUCAGAGUGUCCGAGAUGUUUUACUGAAAAAGGCAGUCUUGUGAGACAUAUGCAGCUACACACAGGAAAAAAACCAUUUCAGUGUUCAGAGUGUCUGAGAUGUUUUGCUGUAAAACGCUAUCUUGUGAAACACAUGCGAGUACAUACAUGAGAUAAAACAUGUUAGUGUUUAAUGUUUCAGGAUUAUUUCAGUUAUAAACAUAAGAAUAUAUA